CGCAAUGCAUAUCGGGAAAAGGGGAUGAGCUGGGCUGGCUUCCGCGGGGAUAGCGAAGGCUGAGUCUCCCUCGGGUUCCUGGGAGAUGGGCCUUUGGCGAGCAGGCCUGGCGUUAGUGAAGCGCGUUCGGCGCCGCGGAAAGAACUUUUAAUGAAAUACACCAUCCGUUGUGAAAGUAGAAGGUGAAGAUUUCAUCAUGCCUGCUGUGGCUUCAGUUCCUAAAGAACUCUACCUCAGUUCUUCACUAAAAGACCUCAAUAAGAAGAUAGAAGUUAAACCAGAGAAAAUAAGCACCAAGAGUUAUGUACAAAGUGCCAUGAAGAUCUUUAAGACAGCAGAAGAAAGCAGAUUAGAUCGUGAUGAGGAAAAAGCCUAUGUACUGUAUAUGAAAUAUGUAUCUGUUUAUAAUCUCAUCAAAAAAAGACCUGAUUUCAAGCAACAGCAGGACUAUUUUCAUUCAAUGCUUGGACCUGCAAACAUCAAAAAAGCUAUUGAAGAAGCUGAAAGACUCUCUGAAAGCCUUAAACUAAGAUAUGAAGAAGCUGAAGUUCGGAAAAAACUAGAAGAAAAAGACAGACAGGAGGAAGAGCAGCUGCAACAACAGAAGAGGCAGGAAACAGGGAGACAGGAUAGUGGCACAUCAGCUAAAGCUUCUUUGGAGAGUGUCUUGGAUUCCAAAGACAGAACCCAAAAGGUAUUUCAAGUUUAUUGUGUGAGGUGAAAGCCUGGUUUUGCUUGUUAGAUGAUUUGCU